GCUACUGCUGUGCCGAGUUGAACUUGCACUCAAGGACGCUUGUGUAUUGCUGUUGAAGCCACAAAUGGGGCAUAAAUCAGCGUGUACUCUCUGUGCAGUGCCGGUGCCCCUACUUUAGAACGGUAUGCUUCGUUUACCGCCGAUCCCGCUCCUUCCAGGUGGAUGCUGGCGAGUACGAGGUCGUUUGCCCCAACACGGUUCUCGGGUGUACCCACAGCUGCCCGAGGAGCUCCCUCGCCGAGCACCUAGAACACUGCUACUUCACAGGCCCUGACGUUACCGAAGAAAAGGCGGAGCGAGCGAAGACGAAGGAGAUGGUGUUGGAGCAAGCUGAGGAAGAGAGGGAAAGAAGGGUUAAUCAGGGAGACUGGCAGAGCAAUAGCUUACUCCACCGGCUGUUGGAGGAUCAGAAAAGCCGUUCAAUGGUUAUUCUCCAUGAGGAAAUUCUGGACUUCGCGGCAAGGUGCCGAGAUGUCCAAGAGAAACGGAAGAGAGUGCUGGAGAAUCUGUGGCGUCGCAUCGAAGACGUCAUCUGUUUGUUGUGGCGGGAUACUGUCGUUGUCCCGUACGGGAGUUACGCUUGUGGCAUGAUGACACCGGAGAGCGAUGUGGACAUUAUGGUGUUCCCUGGAGAUUGCAAGAACUCGAGUCCGCCAUUUGAGGCGAAGGACGACCAGCCACGCCGGCGAGGGAGUCGCACGGACAGCGUUGGUGGCAUGCUAACCAGAAUUCACGAGCUCGCGGAUCAUUUGACACAGCACGGAACGUUCAGUUCUAUGAAGGUGGUACCUCACGCCAUGGUACCCAUCAUCAAAGCGCGCACAGGUGCCUUGAGCGACGGGGACGACGGCUCUGGCGACACUGUAAGCUUCAACAUUGACAUCUCCAUCGACGGUCAAUCCCACACUGGAUUGGCGACGAGUGCCUUUACGUCAUACCUUGCCGACCACCUCCCGAACCUUUGUCCGUUGACAAUGGUGCUCAAGCAACUCCUGCAGUCCCGUGGCCUAAAUGACCCGUUUACGGGAGGUUUGUCGAGCUACGGUUUGGUGCUGAUGGUUACAUUUGCCCUUCUCCAGAGAGACCACUUUCCUCCCUCCCCGGGGUCCAACUUCCUCCAACGGUCUAGUUCGGGUUCUGCUCCCGCUGAAGAUGGGGCUGACGGUGCACAACCAGAGGCUUCGCGUCCGAGGACCUUGCCUUCCCGAUGCCAACCGGCGGACGUUAAAGAUGUUCCAGUCCCGCCAUCGCCAGGACAUGCAAGCAGCUUUCCGCCGUCGCCCAAAGCAAAGCCGCGAGAAGCUCCAGUAAAGAAGAUAAGGAAGACAGCAGCACCCUCUGUUGGUAGACAACGGUUCUGGCAGCCAUCUUCCUUCGUGGAAAGCCGCUCGGGAAGAACUGCAAGUAUUGCAAGCGGUGCACGAGCCGCUAAUGCCUUGAACGAACAGGAGAAGACGCAAGCAUCCGGAGGGGGGAAAGUAUCUUUAUGGGACAGGUUGUCACGUGUUGACAUAUCAUCGAUGCGAAGGGUAUGGAAUUCAGCCCUGCCACUCUUCAACACCCGCAGAUUUGGUUGAGGAGCACUUUCGCCGUCAGUUUGGCCGCAAUCGGAAAUCCAGCCUUGUCACCCUCUUCACUCUCUUGGCUCUCUUCAGGCUCUGCCCUGGUUGAAGGGGGCGGCACGACGAUACCGAAUACGUGAACAUUGGAGAAAUCUUGCUUGCAUUAGGU